AUGGCCGCCCUACGUCGUGCGUUCUUCGUUGCCCUCGUUCUUGGCGGCGGUCUUCAUGUAUUGUUUCCGCCUAGGUUUUGCGUGCUGCAGUGGGGGAUCUGCCCUGUUCUGGGCGCCUCUGCCCUGGCCGUCUUGGCCGAUUCCGCCGCCCGUGCUUCAUUGCCGUGUUUCUUGGCUGCAGUGUCCGCGUAUUUCUUGCGCCUACCGUUUCCACGCUACAGUUCGACUGCCUCUGCCCUGUUCCUCCUGCUGCGCUAUGGCCCUUGUUGCUCCUGCUUCCUUUUCCAUGCUUCCCGACACGUCUCUUUUCUUCCCCUCCUGUGCUCUUUUGGUUCAAAUGCCAUGUUUGCUGUCUCCUUACAUUUGUGUGGUUCUUACGAAGAAUGUCCUUGCAUUUGUGUGGUUCUUACGAAAAAAUUAGAGGUUCAACAUUCUUCAUUUCAGUGCACGGCAGCCAUCAGAAUGCUUACAUUUUGCUUACAUGUUUUCCUGAUUCUCUUCGUAGGGUUAGCUGCUUGGCCAGCUAUUUCCUAUGAGCUUACGGUGCAUGAUAUGGCUCAUACACCUGCCCCCACUCUCUUAGCAAAUCUAAAGCCAAGAGACAUCCAGGCUUCUGUCUGUGUUCGAGUUAUCAGAAAGUGGAAUUUCACUGGUAGGAAUGAGAAUGGCCGUAUCCUGCAUGUUGACCUCAUUCUCGCUGAUAAAGAGGGAGGUGUUAUGUACGCUAAAAUUCCAAGAGAUGAAGUGCAGGAAAAAAACCCUCUCAUAGAGGCUGGCAACGUGUACACCAUUAGCAGGUUCAGGAUUAAAAAUGCUAAGUAUUCAUACAUGCCUGUUUGUGGAAAUAGCAUGAUUGAAUUCACUUGCUACACUAGAGUGGUACUGGAAGAUAUCCGGUCAUACAUGUUCCCACAGUUUGUUUAUACAGUUGUCCCUUUCAAUGAAAUACAUCAGCAUGUAAGAGAGCACCCGAAUUUUAUUGAUGUUGUUGGUGUUGUCAUGAAAGUGCAUCUUGCAGUCCCAACGUGUUUACCAGGACAGACAACAUCGACUCUGACCCGGGACAUAAUUAUUGAAGACUUAAAGUUCCAGCACUUCCCAAUAGAUUUGCCUCCUUCAUCACUAACGCAGCUGCAAGAGGACGAAGAAAUUGUCAUAGAGCACAAGUCACUUGAUGAGUUAAAUGCAGUUGAUCCCUAUGAGUUCCCUGUCGGAGGUGCGCCUUGGUGCGGUGGUUGCAAAUCCUCAGAUUUUAUGCCAAGGUACAAAUUGACCUUCGCUGCUACAGAUACAACUGCAGAGGGUCGGUUCUUUUGCUUUGACGGUAUUGCUCAGCAGAUCGUUAACAAAAGCUGCGAGUCUCUGUUUCAACUUCCUAAUAGAAUGAGUGGCGCACCUCCUGCUCUAGCGGCUAUUGUCGAAAACAAGUAUACAUUUGUUGUAGGCCUAACGAGCGAAUCUUACUAUUCAAAGAAUACAAGGGAAUACCAGGUCAAGUCACUAGCAAUUGAAGGAUCCAGCAAGAUUCCUCCUCCACCAAAACCCUUGAUGGUCAUGCCAGCUACAACCACUGCGCCCAGUACACCCAGUGCAUCUUCCUUGAUGAUAAUUGCGCCACCUGCUGAGUCUCCUAUUCCAACAAAACCAACUACAUUACCAUCUGAUGGAGAAACUAUACCAUCCACGGCUAAAAAUUUAAAUGGCCAGGACUUGUCUACCAAGCUCUUGGUGGAACUUCAACUUGUUCAUACCCCUGCUUCAUGUGGUGUUGCUGACCCGACAAAGUCAUCGACCCAUGUUGAAAACAAAAGUGCACAAAGAAAACUGUUUGACGAGCAAUCUACUCAUGAGGAGGAUCAAAGGACCUUCGUUCAAUCUGCUCAUCAGAGUUCUCAGCAACUCAACAUCGACAUCCACAUGACCGGACAUGAUAAGAAUACAGAGGAGCAACAUUCUGAGGACCCCUAG